CAAUCUUAUCUACCUUUUCUUCACUUUUCCGUAUCACCCUCUGUCAUUUUCACUUCCCUUUACCUCAGUCCCGCUCUCCCCAUCUCCUUUCUUUCCCUCGACUCCGCUUACUCUCUUAGUCUAUCACUCACACUCAAACAUUCACUCUAUCACCACCUCCUCCUCCUCCUCCAUGCCUUACUCAAUCACCCAUUUCCAAAUUUCUUUCGCGAGACGUUUUUCCCGCAAUUCUUGGCAGAGUCGCUUGCUUGAUUUUUCCUUUAUCCUAUUUUACUAUAAACAUUGUUAUCAAGACUAGCAUUGCUGCUCGUUCCGGUGUAGCAGCAACAAAUAUUUCUCCUUCUCUCUCUUACAUAAAUAUCUGCUUAUUUAUCUAUCGAUACAUACGCACGCACAUCCACUCCAAUAGCGUAAACAUAAACACACAUAUGUAUAUUUAUAAAUAUUGAUAUACAUAUAUACAUAUAUGUAUAUUUAUAAAUAUUGAUAUACAUAUAUACAUAUAUAUAUAUAUCCCUAUAUAUAAUUUGUAUCUGAAGAAUUUUGAUUAAAUGUCGAACCGAGUCACACCAGAACUGGAGAAUCGGACCACCAAGAAUAUGGACGGCAAUUGCCAAACAAGUGAUUCCACUGCGCCAGAUGACAGAACGGCGAUGGAAAGAAUUCGGCCACAGCACACAACAAUUAAUUGCGGAGCUGCAGGUGAGACCUAUGAAGGUUUGGGAGUCUGUGGAUGGGUGUUAACCAUUUUGUCAUGGUUACUGGUAUUUGCAACCAUUCCAUUCUCCCUUAUGCUCUGUUUCAAGGUUGUCCAAGAAUAUGAACGUGCAGUGAUAUUUCGUCUUGGAAGGCUGUUGUCUGGUGGUGCCAAAGGACCAGGAAUCUUUUUCGUGUUACCUUGUGUUGAGAGUUACACCAAAGUUGACCUGCGUACGUUGUCAUUUGAUGUGCCACCCCAAGAGGUGUUGAGUCGUGAUAGUGUGACAGUGUCCGUCGAUGCAGUUGUCUACUAUCGGGUCUCAAAUCCCACCAUAUCAGUUGCUAAUGUCGAGAAUGCUCACCACUCUACCCGACUUCUCGCCCAGACAACCCUGCGAAAUAUGCUGGGCACUAAAAAUCUAUCAGAAAUCCUAACAGACAGAGAGGCAGUAAGUCAAGGAAUGCAGUCCGCUCUAGAUGAUGCAACAGAGAACUGGGGUAUCCACGUGGAGAGAGUUGCUAUAAAAGACGUCCGGUUACCAGUUCAGUUACAGAGAGCAAUGGCUGCAGAGGCUGAAGCAUCUAGAGAAGCAAAAGCUAAGGUAAUUGCUGCUGAAGGCGAACAUCAAGCUUCUCGUGCCCUCAAGGAAGCAGCUGACGUCAUCAAUGAUCUUAUGACAAUACAGCCUGUUAGAAAUAGCAGCCAAACGUCCCUCUAA